CAAGAAGGGCGGGGCUACAUCUCCGCACUGUUCCGGGGUGGCGGUCUCCUCGCUGUUCUCUUUCCUCCAAGCAACAGCGCGGACGUCUAGGGAACUCUCUGUCCACGUAGGUUGCGGAAACGAAAACGAAAGCCCCGGUCACUCCCAGGCCCCUUCCCGGUGCCUUCGCGGAAGUUUGCGUAACCGGGAAGUGCCGUCCAAGGGGCCAAGGGGAGCAGAGCCGGCGGCAGCGCACGGACCUCGCGCGUUCACGGAGCAGCGGCAGCCACAGAACUCUUUAAGUCAUGGACAAACAAAACAUGCAAAUAAAUGCUCCUCACCCAGGAACAAAUCUCCCAGCUGCGUAUCAUCCUCAAUAUCCUCCGGCAGCAUUCCAAGGACCUCCGGGACAAACUGGCUACCCAGGCCCACAGGCCGCCUAUCCUGGGACGGCGCCAGGCUAUCCUGGCGCCUACACUGACUACUCAGUCCCACCACAUGGCUAUUCAGGUGGCGGUCCAGUGGGCUUUCCUGUCCAACAUCAGCCAGUGUAUAAUCAGCAAGGAGGACCUGCAGGGACACCAUGGAUGCCAGCACUACCACCUCCCUCAGGCUGUCCUCCAGGGUUGGAAUAUUUAAGUCAGAUAGAUCAGGUACUGAUUCAUCAGCAAGUUGAGCUUCUAGAAGUCUUAACAGGUUUUGAAACAGCUAAUAAAUAUGAAAUUAAGAACAGCCUUGGACAGAGGAUUUACUUUGCUGCGGAAGAAAAUGAUUUCUGUACCCGAAAUUGCUGUGGGGCUGAUAGGCCUUUUACCAUGAGAAUUCUUGAUCUUAGGGGCCAAGAGGUCAUUACUCUGGAGAGACCACUAAAGUGUUCCAGCUGUUGUUGCCCAUGCUGCCUUCAGCAGAUAGAAAUCCAAGCUCCUCCUGGUGUACCAGUGGGUUAUAUUUCUCAGGAUUGGCACCCAUGCUUACCAAAGUUUACAGUUCAAAAUGAGAAGAGAGAGGAUGUACUAAAGAUUACUGGUCCAUGUGUUGUGUGUAGCUGUUGUGCAGAUGUUGAUUUUGAGAUUAAAUCUCUUGAUGAGGAAAAUGUGGUUGGCAAGAUUUCCAAGCAGUGGACUGGUUUUGUGAGAGAGGCAUUUACAGAUGCCGAUAACUUUGGGAUCCAGUUCCCUGUAGACCUUGAUGUGAAAAUGAAAGCUGUCAUGAUUGGCGCGUGUUUCCUCAUUGAUUUCAUGUUUUUUGAAAAGAGUGGAAACCAGUAACAGAGAGCAGGAGUGUGGUAGUAGAUAAAUAAAGGUCUCCUCAGGAAGUGUGAAGUCUGUAUCCUGGUUGGGACUAUGUACAAGUAAAAUUCAGUGGGUUUUUUUUCUUUAUUGAAAUGACUUAUAACUUAUGAAUUACACUACGAUGCCAGAAGCUCCACAUAUAUUUCACUUUUCAAAUUGUUUAUUUUCUGUAUCACUUACUUAUAAAUGUUUAUAUACAUUUUAAUUUUAUGUGUUUUGUAUUUUAUGGUGUAUAU